UCUGCCUCCUCUCUUCCAGGUGAACUAUGACCACUUUACUUUUGGUGUUUGUGGCUCUGAGGGUCAUCGCAGCAGCCACCUCAGUAGAAGUUUCAGACGCUGACAACUCGCUGAGUGUCAGCAUCCCUGAACCGUCCCCGCUGCGGGUCCUCCUGGGGAGCUCCCUCACCAUUCCCUGCUACUUCAUCGACCCCAUGCACCCCGUGACCACCGCCCCCUCUACCGCCCCCCUCGCCCCAAGAAUCAAGUGGAGCCGCAUUUCCAAGGAGAAGGAGGUGGUGCUGCUGGUGGCCACUGAAGGGCGGGUGCGGGUCAACAGUGCCUACCAAGACAAGGUCACGCUACCCAACUACCCGGCCAUCCCCAGCGAUGCCACCCUGGAAGUCCAGAACCUGCGCUCCAAUGACUCUGGGAUCUAUCGCUGCGAGGUGAUGCAUGGCAUCGAGGACAGCGAGGCCACCCUGGAGGUCGUGGUGAAAGGCAUCGUGUUCCAUUACAGAGCUAUCUCCACGCGCUACACCCUGGACUUCGACAGGGCACAGCGGGCCUGCCUGCAGAACAGCGCCAUCAUCGCCACACCCGAGCAGCUGCAGGCCGCCUAUGAGGACGGCUUCCACCAGUGUGACGCGGGCUGGCUGGCAGACCAGACUGUCAGAUACCCCAUCCACACUCCAAGGGAAGGUUGCUAUGGGGACAAGGAUGAGUUUCCCGGCGUGAGAACCUACGGCAUCCGUGACACCAAUGAAACCUAUGACGUGUACUGCUUCGCAGAGGAGAUGGAGGGCGAGGUCUUCUAUGCCACAUCCCCGGAGAAGUUCACCUUCCAGGAGGCGGCCAACGAGUGCCGGCGCCUGGGCGCCCGGCUGGCCACCACAGGACAGCUCUACCUGGCCUGGCAAGGCGGCAUGGACGUGUGCAGCGCUGGCUGGCUGGCAGACCGCAGCGUGCGCUAUCCCAUCUCCAAGGCCCGGCCCAACUGCGGGGGCAACCUCCUGGGUGUGAGGACCGUCUACCUGCAUGCCAACCAGACGGGCUACCCUGACCCCUCAUCCCGCUACGACGCCAUCUGCUACACAGGUGAAGACUUUGUGGACAUCCCAGAAAAUUUCUUUGGGGUGGGUGGUGAGGAGGACAUCACCAUCCAGACGGUGACCUGGCCUGAUGUGGAGCUGCCCUUGCCCCGAAACAUCACUGAGGGUGAAGCCCGAGGCAACGUGAUCCUCACAGUGAAACCCGUCUUUGAGGUCUCCCCCACCACCCUGGAGCCCGAGGAGCCCUUCACUUUUGCCCCCGAAGUAGGGGCCACCGCCAUCUCUGAAGCCGAGAACAGGACUGGAGAGGCCACCCGGCCCUGGGCCUUUCCCGAGGAGUCCACACCUGGCCUGGGCGCCCCCACGGCCUUCACCAGCGAGGACCUCGUCGUGCAGGUGACGGUAGCCCCAGGUGCACCCGAGGUCCCUGGGCGUCCACGACUGCCAGGGGGGGUCGUGUUCCACUACCGCCCGGGCUCCUCUCGCUACUCUCUGACCUUUGAGGAGGCACAGCAGGCCUGUCUGCGCACCGGGGCCGUCAUUGCCUCCCCCGAGCAGCUCCAGGCCGCCUAUGAAGCAGGCUACGAGCAGUGUGACGCCGGCUGGCUGCAGGACCAGACCGUCAGAUACCCCAUUGUGAGCCCACGGACCCCAUGUGUGGGUGACAAGGACAGCAGCCCAGGGGUCCGGACCUACGGCGUGCGGCCACCAUCAGAAACCUACGAUGUCUACUGCUACGUGGACAGACUCGACGGGGAGGUUUUCUUCGCCACACGCCUGGAGCAGUUCACCUUCCAGGAAGCGCAGGAGUUCUGUGAAUCCCAAAACGCCACACUGGCCACCACGGGCCAGCUCUAUGCUGCCUGGAGCCGUGGUCUGGACAAGUGCUACGCUGGCUGGCUGGCUGACGGCAGCCUCCGCUACCCCAUCGUCACCCCGAGGCCUGCCUGCGGCGGGGAGAAGCCAGGCGUGAGAACUGUCUACCUCUACCCCAACCAGACAGGCCUCCUGGACCCACUGUCCCGGCACCACGCCUUCUGCUUCCGAGGUGUCUUAGCAACGCCCUUUCCAGAAGAAGAGGAGGGUAGCACACCCACAGCACGCCCUGACGUGGAGGACUGGAUCAUUACCCAAGUGGGGCCCGGCGUGGCUGCCGUCCCUGUGGGGGAGGAGACGACUGCAAUCCGAGACUUCACCAUCGAGCCAGAGAACCAGACGGAAUGGGAACCCGCCUACACCCCAGCAGGCACAUCUCCACUGCCAGGGAUCCCUCCAACGUGGCCUCCCACUAGUGCGGCAACAGAGGAGAGAACAGAAGGCCCUUCUGCAACGGAAAAGCCGUUCCCCUCAGAGGAACCAUUCCCCUCAGAGAAGCCAUUCCCUUCAGAGGAGCCGUUCCCCUCAGAGAAGCCAUUCCCCUCAGAGGAGCCGUUCCCCUCAGAGAAGCCGUUCCCCUCAGAGGAACCAUCCACACUUUCAGCCCCAGUGCCCAGCAGGACUGAACUGCCAGGCUUUGGGGAGGCAUCCAGGGCACCUGAAGUCAGUGGAGAAAUUUCAGGAGAGCCCUCUGGGGAAAGUGCAAGUGGACUGCCCUCUGAAGACCUUGACUCCAGUGGGCUCAUCCCUACAGUGGGCUCAGGCCUGCCUGUGGAAAGCGGACUGGCUUCAGGGGAUGAAGAUAGAAUUAUGUGGACCAGCGCUCCUAAAGUUGACAGAUUGCCCUCUGGUGAGGUCCCAGAGGGUUCUGUUUCUGGAGUAGAGGAGCCCAGCGGACUUCCUUCUGCAGAAGGCCCAGAAGUCUCUGUCUCCGGAGUAGAGGAGCCCAGCGGACUUCCUUCUGCAGAAGGCCCAGAAGUCUCUGUCUCCGGAGUAGAGGAGCCCAGCGGACUUCCUUCUGCAGAAGGCCCAGAAGUCUCUGUCUCCGGACUAGAGGAGCCCAGCGGACUUCCUUCUGCAGAAGAAGGCCCAGAAGUCUCUGUCUCCGGAGUAGAGGAGCCCAGCGGACUUCCUUCUGCAGAAGGCCCAGAAGUCUCUGUCUCCGGACUAGAGGAGCCCAGCGGACUUCCUUCUGCAGAAGGCCCAGAAGUCUCUGUCUCCGGAGUAGAGGAGCCCAGCGGACUUCCUUCUGCAGAAGGCCCAGAAGUCUCUGUCUCCGGAGUAGAGGAGCCCAGCGGACUUCCUUCUGCAGAAGGCCCAGAAGUCUCUGUCUCCGGAGUAGAGGAGCCCAGCGGACUUCCUUCUGCAGAAGGCCCAGAAGUCUCUGUCUCCGGAGUAGAGGAGCCCAGCGGACUUCCUUCUGCAGAAGGCCCAGAAGUCUCUGUCUCCGGAGUAGAGGAGCCCAGCGGACUUCCUUCUGCAGAAGGCCCAGAAGUCUCUGUCUCCGGACUAGAGGAGCCCAGCGGACUUCCUUCUGCAGAAGGCCCAGAAGUCUCUGUCUCCGGAGUAGAGGAGCCCAGCGGACUUCCUUCUGCAGAAGGCCCAGAAGUCUCUGUCUCCGGAGUAGAGGAGCCCAGCGGACUUCCUUCUGCAGAAGGCCCAGAAGUCUCUGUCUCCGGACUAGAGGAGCCCAGCGGACUUCCUUCUGCAGAAGGCCCAGAAGUCUCUGUCUCCGGAGUAGAGGAGCCCAGCGGACUUCCUUCUGCAGAAGGCCCAGAAGUCUCUGUCUCCGGACUAGAGGAGCCCAGCGGACUUCCUUCUGCAGAAGGCCCAGAAGUCUCUGUCUCCGGAGUAGAGGAGCUCAGUGGACUUCCUUCUGGAAGAGAAGGUCUAGAGACUUUUGCCUCUGGAGUAGAGGACCUCAGUAAACUUCGUUCUGGAGGUGAGGAUCAUCUAGAGACCUCUGCUUCUGGCGUAGGGGACCUUAGUGGACUUCCUUCUGGAAGGGAAGGCCUGGAGAUCUCUGUUUCUGGAGCUGAGGAUCUUAGUGGGUUGAUUUCUGGAAAAGAAGACUUGGUUGGGUCAGCUUCUGGCGACUUGGACCUUGGCAGAAUACCUUCUGGAACUCUAGGAAGUGGGCAAGCUCCAGAAACAAGUGGCCUUCCCUCUGGAGUUAGUGGUGAGUAUUCUGGGGUGGACCUUGGAAGUGGUCCAUCCUCUGGCCUUCCUGACUUCAGUGGACUUCCAUCUGGGUUCCCAACUGUCUCCCUAGUGGACACUACAUUGGUGGAAGUGGUCACAGCCACCACAGCAGGUGAACUAGAAGGAAGGGGAACCAUUGGCAUCAGUGGUGCUGGAGAAACAUCUGGGCUGCCCUUUACUGAAUUGGACAUAAGUGGGGGAGCAAGCGGACUCUCUUCAGGAGCUGAACUCCGUGGCCAGGCAUCUGGGUCUCCUGACAUCAGUGGGGAAACAUCUGGACUCUUUGAUGUCAGUGGACAGCCAUCAGGGUUUCCUGGGGAAACAUCUGGCGUGACUGACUUUAGCGGACUGCCCUCCGGACAACCAGAAAUCAGUGGAGAAGCUUCUGGAGUUCUUUCUGGCAUUGGUCCACCAUUUGGCAUAACCGACCUGAGUGGAGAAACAUCCGGGAUCCCUGAUCUCAGCGGGCAGCCAUCAGGGUUGCCAGGGUUCAGUGGGACAACACCUGGAAUCCCUGACCUGGUUUCCAGUGCCAUGAGUGGCAGUGGUGAACCUUCUGGCAUUACAUUCGUGGACACCAGUUUGGUUGAAGUGACUCCAACUACAUUUAAAGAAGAAGAAGGUUUAGGGUCUGUGGAACUCAGUGGCCUCCCUUCAGGAGAUGCAGAUCUCUCAGGCACAUCUGGGAUAGUGGAUGUCAGUGGACUAUCUUCUGGAGCAAUUGACUCCAAUGGGUUUACACCCCAGCCUCCAGAAUUCAGUGGCCUGCCAAGCAGAGUAGCUGAGGUCAGUGGAGAACCCUCUGGAGCUGAGAGUGGGAGCAGCUUGCCCUCCGGAGCAUAUGACGGCAGUGGACUUCCAUCUGGUUUCCCCACUGUCUCUCUUGUAGACAGAACUUUGGUGGAAUCUGUAACCCAGGCUCCAACAGCCCAAGAAGCAGGAGAAGGGCCUUCGGGCAUUUUGGAACUUAGCGGUGUCCCUUCUGGAGCACCAGACGUGUCUGGAGACCAUUCAGGAUUUUUGGACCUAAGUGGACUUCAGUCUGGGCUGAUAGAGCCCAGUGGAGAGCCAUCAAGUACUCCGUACUUUAGUGGGGACUUUUCCAGCACCACGGAUGCAAGUGGAGAAUCCUUUGCAGCCACGAGCACCAGUGGGGAGGCCUCAGGACUUCCAGAAGUUACUUUAAUAACUUCUGAGUUUGUGGAGGGUGUUACUGAACCAACUGUUUCCCAGGAACUGGGCCAAAGACCCCCUGUAACAUACACCCCUCAGCUUUUUGAGUCUAGUGGAGAAGCCUCUGCAUCUGGGGGUGCACCAAGGUUCCCUGGGCCUGGCGUAGAAGCGUCACCAGUCCCAGAAUCUAACAGCGAGACAUCUGCCUAUCCUGAGCCCGAAGUGGGAGCAUCUGCUGCCCCCGAGGCCAGCGGAGGCACUUCUGCGUCCCCUGAUCUGAGUGAAACCACCUCUGCCUCCCAUGGAGCUGAUCUGGAGGGAGCCUCAGGCCUGGGAGUGAGCGGCAGCCCCUCAGCCUUUGAGGAAGGCCCCAGGGAGGGCUCAGCCAUCCGGGAAGUGAGUGGAGAGUCAGCCACCACCUAUGAUGUGAGCACAGAGGCAUCGGGCUCACCUUCGCCCACUCCCGUGACUUCUGGAGACAGGACUGAAAUCAGCGGAGACCUGUCUGGCCACACCUCGGGGUUGGAUGUUGUCAUCAGCACCACCAUCCCAGAAGCUGAGUGGACUCAGCAGACCCAGCGCCCUGCAGAGGCGCACCUAGAAGUCGAGUCCUCAAGCCCCGUGCACUCAGGAGAAGAGACCCAAACGGCCGAAACGGCCAUCUCCCCAACUGAUGCCUCCAUCCCAGCCUCUCCAGGAGGGACAGAUGAAUCAGCAGACAUUGACGAGUGCCUCUCAAGCCCUUGUCUGAAUGGAGCCACCUGCGUGGACGCCAUCGACUCUUUCACAUGCUUAUGCCUUCCCAGCUACCAAGGGGACCUGUGUGAGAUCGACCAGAAGCUGUGUGAGAAGGGCUGGACCAAAUUCCAGGGCCACUGUUACCGCCACUUCCCCGACCGGGCGACCUGGGUGGAUGCCGAGAGCCAGUGCCGGAAGCAGCAGUCACACCUGAGCAGCAUCGUCACCCCCGAGGAGCAGGAGUUUGUCAACAACAACGCUCAGGACUACCAGUGGAUCGGCCUGAAUGACAAGACCAUCGAAGGGGACUUCCGCUGGUCAGACGGACACUCCCUGCAAUUUGAGAACUGGCGCCCCAACCAGCCUGACAACUUCUUUGCCACUGGCGAGGACUGUGUGGUGAUGAUCUGGCAUGAGAAGGGCGAAUGGAAUGACGUUCCCUGCAAUUACCAGCUGCCCUUCACGUGCAAAAAGGGCACAGUGGCCUGCGGAGAGCCCCCUGUGGUGGAACAUGCCAGGAUCUUUGGGCAGAAGAAGGACCGGUACGAGAUCAAUGCCCUGGUGCGGUACCAGUGCACUGAGGGCUUUGUCCAGCGCCAUGUGCCCACCAUCCGGUGCCAGCCCAGCGGGCACUGGGAGGAGCCUCGGAUCACCUGCACAGACCCCACCACCUACAAGCGCAGACUACAGAAGCGGAGCUCGCGGCCCCCGCGGAGGAGCCGCCCCAGCACAGCCCACUGAGAGGAGCUUCCAGGACGUGCCCAGGACGCUGAGCCCAGAAGCCUUGCCAGGCUGACAUCCCAC